GAUCGUGAUUUUGACUUUGCCAAUGUUGCUUCAAUCCAUCUGCAGUCUUAUAAGUAACGGCCUCGUAGCAGUAUGGUUUCCACGAUUUUUUCUGUUGUGAUUUUUGUAACUCGCGCGUUGUCAAAAUGAAGUCUUCUAUGAUUUCAAGCAUAAUUUUGUCUCUUUCCUGCGUGGUGACUGCAACAAUCUGGCAGAAUGAUCAAGUCCGCAUCACAAAUUAUCCUGACACGAAGAUAGACCUCAAUAGCUCUGUCUUCGCUGAUUACCCUCCCAGCGCGCCAGAACUCUCCUACAAAGGACGAUGGGAUAGUAAAUAUGUUUCUUGGUGGUCAGCACCCGGUCUCAAAUUUGGAUUUACGGGAGAGAAAGUCGCUAUUACAUUUGGGCCUUUGACCUCGGACACUGUUUUAGUUGGAUAUCGAGUGAAUGGUCAGGAUUGGCAGCUCACAAACAUCACUACAAAUGCCACGCAUUUACUGGUUAGUCCAGAAUCACCUGCAAUUGAUGUCGGUUGGCCUAUAAAUCCAUCGACGUUUGAGCUCAGAGUCACAAAUUGGGCGUAUGGUGUCCAGAUCUCUGCCGUCCAUUUGAGUAAGGGCGAACGUUUGAUCAAAAUUCCCAAGUCUUCGAGGACCAUCGAAUUCAUUGGAGAUUCUCUCUCUUCGGGUUAUACAGCUACUCUAGAAGGGCUCUCGAGCUUUGCCUAUGGUAUGGGAGCCGGUCUUGGAAACACCGAGUAUUCCAUUACAGCAUAUCCAGGCGUUUGUCUGGUCGACCAAUUGUGUUGGGGUAAUACUAGAGGAAUGUUUCACCAAUGGUACUAUACUUCUGAUACUAGUCCUCGGGCUACUCAAAUAUGGGGAGAUAAACCAGAACUUUGGGAUUUUUCAAAGCAAGAUGAUGCAGAUAUUGUAGUGAUUAACCUGGGGACUAAUGACAGCAAUGGGGCGAUCAAUGUUACUAGCUCUGAAUACGUCGCUCAGUAUACCUUACUGAUUGAGGGUAUUCACGCGGUCUGGCCGAAUGCUCAAAUAGUUUUGAUGUCUCUCUGGGAGGGUUUCUUUGCCUAUGGAAAUUCUUACGCGCAAGCUCAAGGAUUUGCCUCUGAAAUAUACAACAUAUAUCAAUAUUUCAACUCCGAGAAAUAUCUAUCCAAUCCAGUACUAUACAAUCCGCGUACCAAUUCCACUUAUUCGUCCCAUCAACGAUCUGCCCCAUUCGUAUCUUAUUUCAACACCACCGGCUUGAUGCAACACAACGAUAUCAAUCCAGCGUACCACCCAACUGACGUGGGGCACAUCAAGGUCGCGAGCCAUCUAAUACAGUAUGUGAGAAUGAAGUUUGGCUGGGAGUUGUAUGCAAAUGGCCCAGAAAUAUUUCACGAUACCCUUUACUGGAACGACAUUCAAAGCUAUUGAACAUCCUGCAAAUAUCUACCUGGUGAUCAGAAGUGGCAAGAGGCGUGAAGUCAUGAUAACCUUUAAUCCUUCCGCCCGGCAUGUUUGAUCGACAUUACAUAGCCUCCUCGACGAACUCGCUAUCUGAGAUCCAGCACACCGUUGCAUUUUUGUAGCUUUGAUAGGUUGAAAUUGUACCGCCUCCGCUUUCCCAUGACUCCUCCCGUGAAGAUUGAUGAUUCAUGAUUCUCAUAGUUGUCUCGUGAUAUAAAGUUCUGGGCGUAUCUCAAUUGACAUCAUGUCUUGUUACCUUCCA